AUGGCUUCCGUCACAACAAACGCCAUAGACUACACACUCAUGGCUGAGACUCAACGGUCGGAUGGCGAACUUCCUGAAUACCGCCACGAGGACUCUUCUUUACGCCUUCAAGAUGUCCCCCUGCCUAAUGGCACUGGCACCAUAACUUGUGAUCUUUCUACCGGACAUGAACGUUCUUUUGUCCCUGCAACUUUACGACGGCAAGUGUUCAACGCUCUUCACAAUCUAUCCCACCCUGGAGUCCGGGCGACAGUGAAACUGAUCACUGACCGAUUCGUCUGGCCCAACAUCAACCGGGAUGUACGGCGUUGGACUCGAUCCUGUCUGACAUGUCAGCGAGCCAAAACGCAUCGGCAUACUAUUACUCCGCCAGUAACUUUCGCCACUCCUGAUGCACGCUUCAGUCAUGUGCACAUUGACCUAGUAGGGCCGCUUCCACCAUCUAACGGUUCUACCCAUAUGCUGACAUGCAUUGAUCGCUUUACUCGGUGGCCGUUUGCUGCGCCCAUUCCGGACAUCAGUGCUGAAACCGUUGCGAAAGCUUUCUUGACUCAUUGGGCGUCCAAUUUUGGAGUUCCUGCGACUGUCACCACUGACCGCGGAUCCCAAUUUGAGUCCAUGCUGUUUUGCGAACUCACAUGCCUUCUCGGUACCAACCAAUUCCGAACAACAGCGUACCACCCUCAAGCAAAUGGUCUCGUCGAACGUUUCCACCGACAGCUCAAGACUUCCCUUAUGGCCCAGCCCGAUCCUUCCCGAUGGUCUUAUCACCUUCCCCUGAUGCUGUUGUCCCUCCGUUGCACUCUCAAGGCCGACAUCGGUUGCAUUGCAGUUGAUCUUGUCUACGGAACCUCCCUACGACUGCCCGGUGAGUUCGUGUCUCCCUCAAACAUGCUAACGUUUUUCGAACCUUGCAGUUAUGUGGAGCAGCUACGUAGUGUCAUGCGCAAUCUCCGCGCAACGCCAUCUCGGGCGUCACCGGUCAAUUCCUUCAUCCCUCCCGACCUGGAUAAGUGUGAUUUUGUCUUGGUUUGGCAUGAAGCUGUCCGACGACCACUCCAACCACCCGAUGACGGGCCGUAUAAAGUCCUUCGUCGAUCUGACAAAGACGUUGUCAUCGACCGCAACGGCAAGACCGACACAGUCAGCAUUGAUCGCGUCAAGCCACCCUACAUCGACGACAGUGACCAUUCCUCACCUCAACACUGUACCCCGCCUCAGACAGUGCGGCCUCUUCCAACUACUGGCGACAGACCGCCUCUGGUUCGCCGCACACGAUCUGGUCGCCACGUCCACUGGCCCGACCGGUUUGUGGCUGGCUAG